AUGGAGCAGUCCAGCGAUGUAGACAGCGCGGCGCUACGUAUUAUGAAUCAACAUAAAAUGAGAAGUACUACUAUCCUUAGUUGUACUAUUAUAUACAAUGAUAAAGAAUAUUUGGAUGCCUCUGGUGCUUCACUCCCUAAUUCGUACACUCUCAGAAUGAUCAUUGGAUAAAAUUGAUGACUUUUUCUUCCUUGUGGUUUUGCUGAUUUUCUUCGUUGUGGUUCUUUACUUAGAAGUUCAAUGAAGUACAGGAAGGACGAUCAGUCGGAUCUGCUAGUAGAUGAAGUAGAUGAACUUUCGGAUACUACUUCUUGUUGACGUACACCACGACUUCAUGAACAAAAGGGUUAAUAGUACCCCUAUCUGUGUUUUUUAGAUCAUAUUAUGUCCAAUGGUUUUAUAAUUACAUAAUAGUUUACUACUACUUGUUGGUGCACCAGCCAACAACUUUGUUUAGAAGUAUCAACAUCUUUAAUUUGUGUCCUUUUGUUAUGCUGCUUGGGUAAAUUUCUGUUGCUUCUAAUCGCACCGGCUUGGUUCCUGUUCUGGGACAAGGCAUUAUUCCGGGAAUCUGCGACGACGGUUUUGACGUAUUCCUCCCAAGCUUUGGGCAGGGCCCGAACACCGGAUUCCUACCUGAGUUUUUGCUUUAAGGCCUUGAAGACGUCAAUUAUAGAGUUCGGAAUGAAAGAGUAUCUUCCCUACUUCCAAGCUCAAUCCUCGAUAUUACUUAUAUGAUAUUAUACCUACUUCGAUGUCGAACCUAAGGGGAAUAUAGUGUAAUAAAGUGGGGUCUAAAUUUUUUUCUAGGUCAUGUCAAAAACACAGGUGGGACACAUAACACUAUGACGAGCAGCAUCGGUUGUAUUGAACUCUUGCGACGAUGAUAUUUCUAAUCUUGCGAUGAGAAAGCGCCGGGAUACGUGAAGACGAACGAAUUCCUUCAAGCUGAGGCCGAUGCCUCAAUUUUUGUGCUCGGCGCCAACAGUGGUCGGGAAGGAUUCGUUGCGCCAGUCCUGCGUGAACAAGCGAAGACUAUUUCAAGUAUGGCUGAACCGGUGUGAUAUUAUUGGACUUGGUUAUACGCUGCUUAGAAGCUGGAGUAAGUAGGCAGAACUUCAAUCAAGUAGGAUCCGGAUUAUAACAGGGGCAGGCGCAUGACGUCGACGUGGCUGCCUCUUUUAAUAAGUAGACAGAUACACAGACAGAUUGCAGUCCGUAUCCUAUCUCUCUACUCGCUCUCUCUAUCAUCUACUUACUUUGUAACCGCAUUUUUGAGUUUCCUUAGAGUAGAAAUUCCAAUUGAGUUGAAAAUAUCUGGCAGAUACCACAAGGAAGACUCUUUAGUUUCUACGUAACAGACGCAAGAUAGAUGCAAAAGUCCGUAUUUUGAGAAUUUAGAUGAUGUAAAAAGUCCUUGCUUCAUAGACCAGAACAUUCUCGCAAUGGUACAAGGCCGCAAGAGGCAUUACAAUCCGCACAAGCCUUUCAAGGGGUCGCUGAAUGUCGGCUCAAAUCCGAUGACAAUCAAGAUUGGUAACGUUAAGGCUCAGACUUCGUUGGUCACUGAGAGUCGUCUCUGACAUCAAGGAAGCGGCACCUUGAGGAAACAAGGGAAAACAAGGUGAGAGCUGUGAAGGUGGGAGUCUCUCUUGUCCCCCUUCAGAGUGGAAUCAGUGACCAAUCACUUUCGACCUUUAAUAACGGAAACGGUUCAUAUAUGAUUUGGAACAACCUGCCUCAGCCAGAUAAGACGCUUAUCAACUCCUGCGGCUUCCCGUGCUGCCCUUGUACUUGUGCCGCCGCUGGUUGCAAUCCAGCUGGCUGCUUUAUGGCUCCUGUUAGUUUGCGUCGUCUCCUUUCCUCUCUAUAAACUAUUAGAUCCAUCCAUCAUCCACUGCGUAUUGUUGUAGUAUUUGGCUGGCCUUAAUCACAAUAAUACUUCGUUCCCUUUGUGUCACUUCCCCGAUAACUCAGAGUGAGUUAGAUGGAGUUUAUUUUUACUCCAAUUCUCCUCCGAAGUUCCAGCUUAAGAGAACAUUUAGAAGUGAAUCUACCUAAUCGUAAUCUGACCAUUGUAAUGCUACUAAAGAACCCUGUAAGUAUCGCAUGCAUUCCUAGUAGUAUUGGACCUUUUAGUUACAGGAACAGGCUUUAGCUGGACUAAUAUAGAUGAUAGUACCAUUGUUCAAGAACGGACUAGUAAGACGAAAGAAAGUAGCCGGGCCAUUUUCCCUAGUCUUACUCCAUUCAUCCAAACGAUAGUACAAGAACGAAAAGGAGUUCUUACACAGUCAUAAAAUGUAGUUCAGAAUACGUUCUACAGAUUGUAUGUCCUGAUCAUGUCUCUACUCUAGUAGUUCUAUGAUCUCAUGAUGAGUCAUGACGAGAGUGAUAACCCUCCAUUGAAUGUGGUCGUAGCCCGUUCAUACAAUUUCUCUGCGGAUUCUGUUGUGCGGCACCGGAGGGAGAGCGCGUGGCGAAGGCCUAUGAACUUAUUCUCGGGACAGCGGGGGUGAAAGCUUUCUUAAGGCUAUAGAUACCACUUAAUUUAUCUUUGCUUGCAUCCUAGGCUGGCAGCAAAGUAUCUAUAUGUGUGCUUAUCUGUACCUUUGUAAUCUCGCUAUAUUAUUUCUUAAAAUUCAAAGGUCUACAUGUUUAGCUUUGCUUGCAUCCUUGAGAUGUGUGCCCGCCGCGUUGUAUCUUCUUCCUGAUAUUACUCUUCAAGGAAGCAGGAGAAAGAUGAACUAUCGAUAGUAGCUCUAACUUUCCCUGCCAUGAUUGGAAACACGAAGUACGCGACUUUCGGGUCAAAGUCUUUAAAAGCUUCCCCGCCGCUGGAUGCACCGGGCCAAAAUGUGAUGCCCAAGAGUAUUCCUUAAGCAAUCACUUGAGAGGAGCAAGUGUAGCUAUGUAUUUGAGAACAUGAUGCUGAUCAUGGUGAGCUCGAGCUAUCAAAUUAUAGGUGUGGAACAUAUGUAAUAGCGUUUCUUAGUCGAUGACUGCAGCACUAACUACAUGCCAUAGGAUGGCGCGGGGAACGAGGACGAUGAAGGUUAUCAACUGCCAAGAAAAUGUAAGGAAUAUUUUCACUUUUAUUUGAAAUCAUAUCCGAGCAGUUAUCCUAUUUUCAGUGGCUAAUUGACUUAAGUCGAUGAGUAAUGGCUUCUUGAUUCAAGAGACUAAGUAAGUACAUAAAAAUGGGGUUGGGGACUCCACGUGCUUCGCGGACGUAUGUGUCAUCGAUGUUGUGACGUGUGCUUAUUACUCACCCUAAAGAGUUUCUCAUUUAGAAUAGACGGUAACUGAUAAUAUGCAUUGAUAAUGCAUACUACGAUUGAUAGAUUGAGUUUGAAACUUUGAUACGAGUGCUCUCAUUUCGAUGGUUGGUUUGAACCAAUGUGAAAAUACACUACAAGCACUCACUACCCUGUGAAUGGGUACUGCAAGAAUUACUACCAGAACUAGUUGUACUCAUAAAUGUUUAUGUUGAUACUAUUUGUUUCAUUCUAUGCUACAUACUCACACUCAGCUUGAUUGUAUCUAGAGUCGUUUAUGCACGAAUAUGCAAUAAAACUCAUUGGAAGAAAAAAUAUGGCCGCCUCUUUGUGGGCGGACCAACUCUUAUCCUAUCCUAUCUUCAUAGUCAUGAAAGUUUCAAUAUCCCUCGUCUUUCUCCUCUCAUCGAAUUUUAGUUAUAGAAAACGUGACUAUCAUCUUGUUGGACCGACCUUGCGCCUAUGUGGUGUAUGCUUUCUACCGCAUCUGCGGAUUGGUUCAAACAAGUUUGAUGUCGUGAACCCGCGCCUUGUUCAUUAGGCUAUACUUGUAUGUUUUAUGGUACGUUGUCACAUACAUGUGUAGCCGCAUGAAGCUUGUGCCGCGAUAUUUGUAGUUCAAUUAUCUUGUCGAUCACUGGUAAAAAUACAAUACUUGUCGUGUGUUGUAGAUGAUGAAGAGUUUUGAUUUAUAGAGCAGAAACAAACUAAUUUUAAUUUAAGUUUUCACAAUUUUUCACUGGAGAAAGAAUCAAUGAACAUCUGCAUAUUUUCAUCCCACUAAGCGAAAGUACUUAAGUAGCCAUAUCAUUGCUCUUGAGCAUCAAUGCUGAACCCAAGAGAAUGGUACACGUUGCGCGUGUAGACGAGUAUGGAGUAAUGAAAAUGAGAAAAUGAAUACGAAAUGAUAAUAGGGUACCCCGAGUGAACCAAUCACAAUCAGAGGGAGUCUAGAAGAAAGGAAG